AUGUCCCAUAUCCGUCAUUGUCCCGAAUUCCAGCUCGCCCGGUCUGAUUCCAAAAACCCAGAGACGACCUGUCAAGGGCUGACGUCCGGUGGCAGAAGAUGUCGGCGAACAGUGAAAGCUGCAUCGAAAAGACAGAAUACCAAGCAAGGGGACGGCGGCAAGGCAGAUCAUAUCACGAUAGAAGUGCCAGGGGGCAUGUUUUGCUGGCAACAUAAGGGUCAGAGUGAAACACCGUCAUCGCCUAUAAAACUCAGGACUUCAAGGCUCAAAACGAGAUCUAGUCUGGACACUCUCAUCGAGAGAGUAGGGGUGUUAUCCGUCGAUGAAGUGCGGCCUGUACACGGCAGUACGGCCGUGCCUGAGAUCGAUAUAAAUAAGGAUUGUGGACGCCGUUCAAAUCACAGCAGUGGCAUGAGGAAACCAGAGCCAGUGGCUGGUGUAGCUACUCUGCAUGUCCCAAAUAGGCCAAAGAGCAAGUCAAAACGACGAAUGAAGUUUGUUUGUUUCUUUGCUCCUAUUGACGGCGAUGAUGAGAAUCAUGCUAUACAAGUCCAGGACCCGAUUCCAUACUCUCCGCUGAACGCUGGCCGUCGGCCUGCAAGACCUGGCAAAGAACCAGCCUCCGGCCACAGGCUGGGCUGGGGGAAGAAGCCUCUGCCGCCUCCUGAUCCAGCAUCAUUACGAAACCAUCAAGCCUUGAGCUCUUCUGCUCCUACGCGGCCUGGUCAAUCCCAGACAGAGUAUCUUCUUUCGUGGAUACCAUCUAACCUAUCACCGGAGACAACUUCAAAGUUACUCCGGAAACUCGCUGAGCCUUUAUCCGCAGCCGAAGAAGCGGGAUACAUCUACAUAUACUGCGUGACACCCGGUGAUUCACGCCCACGAGCAGACGAAACUGCUUCCUUAAUACCCUCCUCACCCGACCGACGUGAUGCCGGAAGAAGGCGUACAAGCGACGUCAUGUCCUCUGCAGGCAUCGCUCCCACAUCCCGGAUCACAAAGCACGACCCAGACGGCAGCCGGACAGCAAACACUAUAACGUUGAAGAUUGGGCGUGCCGUCAACGUCUGCCGUCGAUUGACCCAACAGUGCUCUCAUAACCUCACGCUAAUUCGUUAUUAUCCUUACCACCCCUCGUCUGGAACUGCAUCCUUGAAUAUUCUCCCCCAGAAGGCCCCGAACGUGCAUAGGUUGGAGAGACUGGUACAUCUCGAGCUGGCUGAUAUAAGGGUAAAACCCGGGAAACCGUGUGUGGAGUGUGGGAAGAAACACCAGGAGUAUUUUGAGGUUGAGGCGAGCAGAGAACAUCUCAGGAGGGUGGAUGAGUGUGUGAAGCGGUGGGUUAAGUACAGCCAGCUCAAUCCGACGAGCUGA